AUGGGUAAACCUCGUGGUCUUCGUACAGCUCGUAAACUUAAAGAUCAUCGUCGUGAACAACGAUGGCACGAUAAAGAUUACAAAAAAUCUCACUUGGGUACACGAUGGAAAAGUAAUCCAUUCGCCGGUGCCUCACAUGCUAAAGGCAUUGUCCUCGAAAAAGUUGGUGUUGAAGCUAAACAGCCUAACUCAGCUAUUCGUAAAUGUGUUCGUGUUCAAUUGAUCAAAAACGGCAAGAAGAUCACAGCUUUCGUACCUCGGGAUGGUUGUCUCAAUUAUAUCGAAGAAAACGAUGAAGUUUUAAUUGCUGGUUUUGGUCGUAAAGGUCAUGCCGUCGGUGAUAUUCCGGGUGUUCGUUUCAAAGUCGUUAAAGUUGCUAAUGUUUCAUUAUGGGCAUUAUAUCGUGAAAAGAAAGAACGACCACGUUCUUAA